AUGGAUAUAAAACCACCAUCAGCCAAUUUCCAGUCUUAUCCUCAUCAUGCGCUCUUUAUCGACUUACUGGAGAACCCAGGCUUGCAAGCACCGGCGAGUGCGGAGUCGGCAACAAGACGCCCGAUGGCCACUAGCAAGACCUUGGAUCGCAUCCAGGGCAACGAUGAGAAUGCGUAA